ACAAAAAUUUUCAGACACUGCAUGACAGGCAGUGCAGGAGAGUGAUUCAGGGAAAUAAAUAAGGUGAGUCCUAUGAUUGUUUCAGCUUACUACCUGGAGAGUUUCCAGGCUGCGGUUUAGAGCUGGGAAUAGUUUUGUGUUCCUACUAGCCAGAAUCGAAGGCCUCCUAAUACUGCAGGGCAUCAUCUAGAGACCUCAGGUGGUAUUGCCUUAAUAGUGGUGCCAAAUUAGAUCUAGACUAAAGGCUGUUGUGGACCCACACUAACAAAAGUAAAAGCAAACUUCAAAACAAGUAACCUCACAACAUCCUAAAACAAAGUCUAGCAAUGUAACAAAAUCCAGCACCUAACAGCAUAAAAUUCAUGAUGUCUGGCAUUCAGUGAAUGAGUGUAUGUACCUAGGGUUAACUUAGCUCUUCGCUUUUCUUGUCUAAAUUGACAGGAUGCCAUUGUGGGCCAUGUUUAGCUCAUUGGAUCAUUCCCUGUUUGUUUGUUUUUUCUCCCUAGGGCUCAGUUUUCACCCCAAAAGACCCUGGAUCCUGACCAGUUUACACAAUGGGGUCAUCCAGUUAUGGGACUAUCGGAUGUGUACCCUUAUUGACAAGUUUGAUGAACAUGAUGGUCCAGUACGAGGCAUUGACUUCCAUAAGCAGCAGCCAUUGUUUGUCUCUGGAGGAGAUGACUAUAAGAUUAAGGUGUGGAAUUACAAGCUUCGGCGCUGUCUCUUCACGUUGCUUGGGCACUUAGACUACAUUCGCACCACAUUCUUCCAUCACGAAUAUCCCUGGAUUCUGAGUGCCUCAGAUGACCAGACCAUCCGGGUGUGGAACUGGCAGUCUAGAACCUGUGUCUGCGUGUUAACAGGACACAACCAUUAUGUAAUGUGUGCUCAGUUUCACCCCUCAGAAGACCUGGUUGUGUCAGCCAGCCUGGACCAGACUGUGCGUGUUUGGGAUAUUUCUGGUCUAAGAUAAAAAGUUGU